AUGAUGCGAUCUUCCCCCAAUCCCCGCGCCAACAACAUAUGGACAAAAGAAAUUAUCGAGAUAAUGAUUAUCAUUCUUGCAAGCCUACACUUUAUCAUGAGCCAGUUCUAUUUCUUCCGGAUCUCUCCUCAGGAUGAUCGGACUCAAGAUUCUACUCCUGGUAUAGUCUUUGACUCUCAUCAGGAUGGUCGUGCUUUAUCUCAUCUUCCUCCCCUCCUUUUAUGGUGUUUGAAGGACAUUGGUAAUAUCUAUCACAGAGAAGCAGUUUUCUUGGCGAAUUAUGCAGCAAUGGAGAGGGAUUUUAAGAUCUUUGUGUACUCAGAUAGAAGACAAAAAAAAUGUUACAAUCCAAAGGACAAGCUCAAAAGCAAUUAUGCAAGUGAACAUCACUUCUUGAAGAAUCUGAUACCCAGUAGGUUCUUCACAGAUGAUCCUACUAAGGCUCAUCUCUUCUUCAUUCCCUUUUCUUGUCAGGAGGACAAGGAGAUUGCCAUCUGGGCUCAUGUCCAGGGCUUAAUUUUCGGAUACCCUUUCUGGAAUAGGACUUUAGGCACUGAUCAUUUCUUUUUCAGUUGCCAUGACAUUGUCAGCAGGGCUACUGAAGGAAUUCCAAUUGUCACGAAGAAUGCAAUUCGGCUUUUUUGUUCAUCAAACUAUGAUUCUAAGUACAUUCCGCACAAGGAUGUUUCCGUUCCACAGGCACUAGAGCUUUCUCUUCCUCCUGAUCAUGGAGAAGACGUGUGGAGCUGGUAA